UCCAGCCAGCACGUUUCUCUGCUGCGGUGCUGAAAACAAAGCGAGGGCUCACGGAGAUGAUACGCAGCCUCACUGGAACUGCUUUACCUUUAAUCCCUAUCCCCUUUUAUCUCCACUCACACCGCAGGAGGCAGGUGAUCAGGCAGAAAACGGACCGAAACGGUCAGCUUCGCGGACAGCAGACGUAGCCAUGUCCAAGGUGCUGAAACCAGCCGCAAUUCUGCCUGUAGCGCUAUCCAAGGUGCUGAAACCGCCGCGGCGCUUACACUCGUGCUGUCCAAGGUGCUGAAAACCCGCCUGCGCGUCCUUUUUUUAGGUGCUGGAACAGCCGCGCUUCUCAACGAGGCUGUCAAAGAAACGGCAGGCAUUCGAGAGCAGAUGCGAUGGUUUAAAGGAUGGGGACGUUCGUAGUGCUUCUCCUGAGCUUGUUCGGCGUUUCCUCGGUCGUGGCUGAUAGUUUAGCCCCUCCUGUAAAUGUGUCCAUUAGGGAUCUGAAGGCAAACUCUGCUGCAGUGACAUGGGACAUCCCAGAUGCAGAUCCUGUCAUUGGAUUUGCCAUCACCCAGCAGAAGAAGGAUGUGCGGAUGUUACGCUUCAUACAGGAGGUGAACACGACCACUCGCAGCUGUGCGUUAUGGGAUUUGGAGGCAGACACGGACUACAUUGUGCAUGUGCAGUCUAUCAGUGUGCAUGGGACCAGUCCACCCAGCGAGCCGCUGCGCUUCAGGACGCCGAAAGAAUCCGAGAGACAGGCCUCUAAGGGUAAAGACGAAGUCACCAUGGAAGAAGUGGGGCAGACCACUCAACUCAGGGCAGGGGAGCUCAUCAUUAUUGUGGUGGUGCUAAUCAUGUGGGCAGGCGUGAUUGCCCUCUUCUGUCGUCAGUACGACAUCAUCAAAGACAACGAGCCCAACAACAACAAAGAUAAAGCCAAGAAUUCCUCAGAGUGUAGUACCCCUGAGCACCCGACUGGUGGGCUGUUGCGAAGCAAGGUAUAAUCACACCUCCUCUCCCCCCCCUCAAGAGCUCAGAGGACAUCAGGCAGCAGUUCCCCAAAAACAACACCAAUGCCAAGCGGUCGCCAUCCGUAACCAUCAUUGAAGUGUGACGGGACGCAUUUCUUCAAUAAAGGACAAAGCUUCUGACACAAUGGCACAGCUGGUUCGUUACAGCGAGCCAGGUAUUGGAGCGAUUGGCUCCAGCAAGCCUGUGAAGAGGGCCAGGACAACUGCAGGCCUGGCCUCAGUGAAAGGCCACAGAGCGCCUCCCUGAGCCUCCAGGGGUUUCAGAGAUAAAGCCAAGCGCCAUGGCUGGCCAGCAGAGAUGUGAUUAACUCAGCCGGAGAGCCACAGAAUGAAAAGCAGGGCAGAACGAUGGGCUUUUCUCAGCUCCUUAUCAAUAAACAGCCAGCUGCUUUCAGCAUCAUUAUACGGGCACGGCUGAGGAGAUGCUGAAACCCAUAAGCCACCAUCUUUUCCUCUCUUUUCUUUUUCUCCUACCCCUCCAUUUUACUCUGAUUUGAUUCGCUUUGUCCUGUUUAGAUCCCAGUUUUCCUAACUUCUUUUCAUUUUUGACAGUAAGGCUAUUUUAGUGGAUGCAGGUUCUUUUGCGUCGACUGACCUCUCUAUAAAUAUUUUCUGUAAGCGGUUUAAGUGGAAGUGUUUAUGCGUCAUUAAGCCCAUCAUUCAUCCAGGAGUCGAUUCUGAGCUCCAGCUUUCAAAUCAUAAACCUGUUUCAUUGAUGAGUGCUGACCAUUUAACAGGUCAGUUGAGUUGUGAUUUAUGAAAAUGUGUUAGUUAUACGCUCAAAAAAGAAAUCAUAUAAACUUGAUUGUAACAGACAUUUGCAUUCUAUCAAAGUGACUACACACAGUACAGUGUAAGUCAAAGACCAGGCUUCGUUUAUUUAAUCUCCAGUCAAACCAUCACGAAGUUAUUAGUGUUCUAGGAUAUAUUUCUCUUGGGAUUAGAUAUAUGAUAGUCUACUUGGAAAUAAAGCAAUUCAAAGGAAAAUAUGUGGGAAAAAGUUAAAUUCUUAACAGAUGUGGAUAAAUAAAUGUUAAAAAAAAUGUAAUUAAGGUUAGUAAUUACAGUACUUCACUGUAAAUUGACAUAAGAUAAAAACGGACUUUCAAUGAAUACGUUGAAAGAACUUACGCAAUUACAAAUUACGAAAAAAGAUAAACCAAAAAUAAUAAAUAAAUGAAGAUCUGAAUAAGAAAACUUAAAAAUUUUAAUUGAAACAUGUAAACCUUUUCAAAUGCCACAUUCCAUAAUGCUGUGUGCUGCAGCUCAAUGUAAACCUCAUAGCAAUUUGCUGCUUUAAUACAGAAAAUCUCUUAAGAUUCACUUUAGAGCUGCUGUCACAAUUAAAUUAUGAGUGAGGCAUUUUUCUGUAAAAAAAGUGAAAUAUUGUGAAGUCCUUGCGAUAAUUAACAAUAGUUGUAAAGGCAAAAUACUCACAUACAAAAUACUGAGCACUGGCAGAAUGGGAUAUUUUUUAAAUACUGAGGCUUCUGUGCCGUUUCUAUUAAAUAAAAAUCAUGUUUUCUGCUUUUUUCCCCCCUCACAUUGAACUUAUGCUUUAAUAAAUCAGGAUGGUCUCUGACAUUUGCACAGUACGGUAUGGACAAGUGUCAAUAUCUUUAAUGUUGGCCUACGUUCAGCCCACCAUGGUCCGCCUUUUCAACGUGUUAGUAGAAAAGGAAUACCUUCUCUGUAGGCACUCCUUUCUUGUAAUUUCAUAAUCUUUUGUGCAGUAGUGUAAUAUUAGUAACAUUGCUGGGUUUAUAUAAACUGAAAUGCAUUUCUUUACAUUAUACACAUUUUCAAUGUAGUUCCUACCUGUCCCAAUUUACACUAAGUGUGUGUAAUAAGUGUGUAGUUACACGUGACCAACAUAUCGUUGCUGUCGGAAGAAAACCUCGUAUCUCCAUUUCGUAUCCCCGUUUUUCCAGUUUUUGACAUAAUUUGAAAAAACCCAGAGUCCUAUAUGUUGUGUGUGAAUUCCAUGAUGAAUGGACCAAAGGAAAUGGCCUAAAACUACUCGGAAAAAAGUCUGGUCCCAUUGACUUCCAAUAAAAGCAGCGUAUGUUUUUACCUUCUCCUGUAAAGCUACAAUUUAGGAGAUAUGAGGUUUUGAUCUGACAACAGUGAUAUGCAACAACACUGUAACUACUCAUGUUAAAGUGAAUGUUAUGCUGGAUUACAGAAGUGCAGCCUGUGUAAUUAAGCACAUUAAUCAACUUAAUGAACUUUCCUGUAGUGCUAACUGAUGUUACACUUCAAAAUAAGCGGACAGGUCCUGUGUAGUUGAUAUGUAGCUACUGUGUAAUAAUGCAGUGGUAAUAUAGACGUUGCUUUGGGUUUAAUGCAACACAUUUAAUUAACGUCAUAAAGUUAGAUGUUAUAUAUGAAUAUAAGGGGGCGUCUGCUGUUCUGUCACAUUCCAGAAUGGUUUAAAGCUGAAACUGGUUAUAGUGUCACAGCAGUAGCAACAUAAAGUUAGGUAGGUAGGUAAAUGUCAGGAAAGCUGGCAGAUACAGUGUAAGUAACGUCUUAAUGUAACUUAUUACAUGGAAAAAAAACUGCUGUUUCAGUCUUAUUACAAAAGUAAUUACAUUAAUGUUAUUACUCUUGUGUAAUUACAUGAUAAAGAGUAGGCUGUUACAACUAUUAAGAUACAAUUGUGUACUUACGAGGCAACACUGAAGAUGAUACGCAUGCGUAAUUACAUAAGGUGUACUUCUGUACUCCAUCUGUAACAGUGACUAAAUCAUUAGUAGUUACUUUGUUGUUGCAUAUGUUGUUCCUAUGUAACUACACAGUCAUUAGAGACACUUAGUAUAACGUGAGACUGUUCUCCCAUUGAAAACAUUUGAAGAUUUUUAAGGCAACUGCCCUGAAAACUCACGUUUGCUGCAAACUGCUUGACUCCACAGCCUGAGAAGUUCCCUCGACUCUACGCAUUGUUUCAAACCCUUGUUCACUCUCAGGGACAGAGGCGUCUGUCCAGAGAAUCGGCGGCUGAUUUUGGAACAGUUAAAGUGAGAUUUCAUGGCACGAAAGAGGAAGAUCAAGGAAUGGUGCUGAAUAAUAUUAGAGUCUCACUAUUUUAGUCUAGCAACAUGGGAAUACUUGUUUUCCUUCUGCUUAUGUAAUCCAAGUUCAUGCAUAUAGAUAAGUACGUCAUAUACAUAACGUCUGCAGUGUGUUCUUUCCUUUGGAUUGAGACUCAUAAUUAGUUCCUCUUACGACAACUUUGAUUCUCAUUGCUAGACACGAGAUCGAUAUCUUUCUUGAAACUGGACUGAUUGCCACAACUUCAUACUUUCGUGUCCUUUGACGAAACCCUUUCUUAGUAAGUGAGGAGCAACCUGCCAAUAAAAGACGAGUGGACUCACGGUCAGGAGGCUGACGCUGGUCAAUAAUGAGCUGAAGGAGCUGCUGUCUUAUCAGUAAUUAAGGACCCCUGAAGAAAGACAUCCCUUAUAAGUCAGUCAGCGCUAAAGGACAUGCCUCUAAAGGGCGUCCCUUCUCGUACAUCUCACGGAUGCCGAUAUCUCCUUCAGGGAGGACCUCUUCUCCAAACAAGGGCUGAAAACACUUCACAUCAGCAAUAACCCAGCACCAAGGGAGCCAAGACUGGAUUUCCAUCAAAACAGUGGAGGUGGUGUUCAGGGUGGGAGGGGGGCUAAAUGUAAAUUCUGGAAUUUUGAAGACGAAACAUCACUUUUUACAAUCUAUUGUACAUUUUCAAUUUCGUAUGCUAUGAAACGUAGUCUGUUAUCAUAAGACUGUAAUGCUACAUACAUAAUCUUCAGUCCAUUAGCCCUUAGAAGUCAAGACUUACUGUCGUUUUGUUAUAUUCAAAUAUGACACAUUUAUGAAUAAUUAGUUCAUUCAUUUCUUAUGUAUUUCAUGUUACUUGUGUUCAGUUUACAUUCUCCACACAUCUGAGUUUGUGGUCCAAAAACAAUGUCUGUAUUUCGGACACUGCGCUAUAGCCCUCUAUAAAAUUACUACAGAUGGUCAACAGUGUGAUGGAGCUGUUGUUUGCUGGCAGAGGUUUUAAUUGCUGUGUUUAAAUGCUGUGCUGACCAUCAAAUACACAGGACAUUACAGUAGGUUAUUUUUGGCAAGCUUUCACUGAAGAACAUCAAAACACUUUAGUCCCUUUUUCUUCACAAUGCAUGUUGGGGAUGUUUGAAUUCCCCUGACUUGUGUUUUCUGGGGGGUGAUAUCACACGCCGUGGAGCUGAAUUAGAGAUUAAUGUAAGGUUAUGACCAGGUCAGCGGCAUGUCCAGAUGAGAUUUUAAUGGGAGGCUCAGUUAGAACCAGAAUCUGAACAUGUGGAGGUCAUAAAAAUGGUUUAUUGUUCUGCUAUGUUUACUGUAUUUAAAUGCAAUUUAUGCAGAACAUUAUUAAUAUGAAUCACGUGGAGUGAUGUGUGAUAAAUAAUAUUUUGAUAAUAUUUUCAGUUUCAGUGGUCCUGGCUACAUUGACAAAGCUUGAAAAGUCUUCAGAACAAAAACAGAUUUACACAUCACUGUUGUCAGAACAAAACCUUGUACCUCCAAAAUAACUUUCAGGAGAAGGAAAAAACCUAAACUUUUAAUGUAAGUCAAUGGAACCAGAAUUUUUUCCAAG